GUUGUGCCUCUCAUGAAUUAAUCGACACAACCCACCUGCUCCCUGGGUUGAUCCACUCAACAACCUUUGUGAACGGCAAAGCAUCUUUCCACGAAGUGCGACAACCCAAGGUGCGCCCCCUGUUCUCCUUUCUCUGGUCAACAUCUGGUGUCCUACUGAGUGCGCCGCUGUUGAUCUCCCACAUCCCUUGGACUGAUCGUUCUCCCCUAGUCAUUCACCAAGUCCCAGAAGUCGCUCUCCUCAGACGACGUCCUCAUCAGUUGCGACGCAGCCGAUCUCGAAACCCCACCACCACGCUGUUACUUUAAGUUCAACUAAAUACAGCAGCACAUCAUGCCGGACGUCAAACGAAGCGUCAAGAUCGUCACGGAACAGAAGAUAAUUCCUGGAGCCGACAGCGGAGUCACGGGUUUUCCUUUGAGACACUGGUCGAUGAAGAUCUUCCUGCUCCAUGCCGAUACAAAGCAGGAGAUCGAUGCGGACAUCUUUGAGUCGGUAACAUAUUAUCUCCAUGAAUCAUUCGGUGACAAGGCAACACAAACCUUCAAGAAGCCACCAUUUCGCGUUGCUGAGGAUGGAUGGGGUGAAUUCGAACUACGGGUCGAGAUGAAAGAUCUCAGUGGCAAGGUCCACAGCAUCCUCCACGACCUCAACUUCGCCAACGCGCGUUAUGAGACCAAGCAGAUCAUCACUUUCAAGAACCCGAAAGGUGCCCUUCUCGAGACGCUUCGUAAUUCCGGCCCGAUCCCAGGAGAAUCCGCUUCCAACGGAACCGAGACCGCCGGGAAGAAACGUACGAGCGAGAUUGGGGGAACGCAAAAGAAAAAGAAGGGGGACAGCAAGGCCAUUGACAUGGACAAGCUAGCUGAGGGUCUUCAAAAGCUUGGUGAAGAUGAUCUGCUCCAGGUUGUGCAAAUGGUGCACGACAAUAAGAGCGAAGAUUCAUGGAUGCGCAACGAUGCUGAGCAGGGUGAAUUCCACGUCGAUCUCUACACUCUUCCUGAGAAUCUCAUCAAGAUGCUUUGGGACUUCACCACCGAGAAGAACGCCAUUUCGGCAUCGGCAUAGCGAGGCUGUCGACCACCGCAGCUUCUGCCAAUGGGUAGAGCUGGAAUGGUCCCCCAUUCUCUGGCCAUCCCAUGUCUUUAUCUGACUCUUUUCUGGAUCUUGAGCUUCGAUAGCAUGGCGUCUUUUCGUGGCAAGAGAGCAGGGAAACAAACGGGUUGGAUCUCUGUACCAUCACAUCUAUGAACGACUCGGGCAUGAUAUGACCUGGGUUCUCCUUAUGCGAAACCUUUGUUGCUUCUGAUGACCGUAUUGCUUACCGGCGCACACAUCUAAGCAUCUGGGAACGAGCCUGAACCAAAUGUUUCUUCAACCCUUUCAACAUUUCCAGGAGGGAAGGAGUGGGAACUUUGAUGGAAAAAGUUGGCGGUCAUGAUCCUGAUUCUCUUCUUUUCUUUUGUUGUCCCUUUCACACGGCAUCUCUGUGAGGCUGGCUGGCAGGCUGGCAGGCAUGCAUGACAUGGAAUGACAGCAACUUGCGACGCACUGGGAGUUGGGAGGCGGGUGACGGAUGUACUCUUACGGCGGCGAGGAUUCCCACCCAUCCUCACAUCUCAUGUUCUCUCAUGUGCCGCUCCACCACCAACUGACAUGGCUAGUUGGCCGGACGAUGAUGCAACGACAAUAAUGCCUGCAAGUUGCCGGAAGGGGAAAGCCUCCAAGAGGAAAGACAAAGCAAAUCCAACCAAUAAAAAAAAACCAAGCGGUCUGCAGAUUCGCUCAGCUAAAAGCAAGGUCUCUCCCCACGUAGGUAGCAGGGACGGCACAAUAUGAAGCUGCGUUCUAAGCCCGGGACACAAUAAUGAAAUGACAAGAGCAAUGAUACGAAAAUCUUUUGACGACGAACAGUGUGUUUUUGAUAUUGUUUUUUUU